AUGACAAGCCAACAGACCCACGGCGCCGAAGGCCCGCCCACUACCACGAAGGACACCAUCCUUGAGACUGGUGCCGCAGCCACUCAGUCUUUCGAGCCUAUCAAAGCUAUAUGUGCUCACCUGAACGCUUUCCAUGUCUACGCUUCUGAUCCUUCUCGUUCUGUGGAAGCUAACCACUAUUGCACACAUUUAAGUGCUGAUGUCCGGCAAUGUUUGAUCUAUGAUGCACCUACCAAUCCUGCGAGGUUGAUUGGAGUAGAGUAUAUGAUCACCCCAAGUCUUUACGAAACACUCGAUGCAGAAGAGAGGAAGCUUUGGCACUCACAUGAUUACGAGGUCCGUAGUGGAAUGCUCAUCAUGCCCAAUCCAUAUGUCCCGAAUGCUGUCUGGGAAGUCGCAGAGACAGCAGAGAUGAAAGAGGUUGUGGGAUUGUAUGGCAAGACAUUUCAUUUCUGGCAGGUUGAUAGAGGUGAUACCCUCCCACUUGGACAACCGCAAUUGAUGAUGAGCUUUACGAAGGAUGAGCAAGUACCAUGGGAGAAAGUCAAGGACAGAGAUGCAAGAUAUGGAGUUGACACAAGUCACAAGAAGGAAAUUCGGAAAGGUGUAGAAGAGGCCCAAAUUCACGAAGAUGCCGACUCUUGCUGGAAGUCGUGAGGGAUGAAAGUCAGACAACAAUAACGAAAACACACGACGGGAAUGCACAUGGGACAUUAUGAG